UUGAUGAAAUCUCAAAUUUCAUAAAACAAAAGCCUUAGCAAACAAUUGCACAAGCUUUCACAUAAACUCAAUAUUUUCAAGUCUCAUAUAUUUUAUAUUGUAAGUAAUGGAUAGAGUAAAGGAUUUGGCAUCAAAGAAAGCUGCAGUUAUAUUUACAAAGAGUUCAUGUUGCAUGUGCCAUAGUAUAAAGCAACUUUUCUAUGAACUUGGAGCAAGUCCUGCAGUAUAUGAGUUAGACAAUGAUUCUUCAUAUGGAAGAGAAAUGGAAUGGGCUUUGAAGGGUCUUGGUUGCAACCCUUCAGUUCCAGCAGUGUUCAUUGGUGGAAAAUUUGUUGGAUCAUCAAAAGAUGUUAUAUCUCUUCAUGUUGAUGGAUCUCUCAAACAAAUGCUAAUGGAUGCAAAAGCCAUAUGGUUUUAGUUUACACACUUAAAUUCAGAAUUCUGUAUACCAAAAAGUGGUAUUGAAAGAGUUCUGAUAGUACUAUUUUGGACUAUGUUUAAUUAGGACACCCCUGUUUUUUCUUGAGUGUCCUACUUUAAUUUCACUUAUAUAAAAGGUUGUAUAAAAAAUUAGUCCUGUUUUUGGUAUUUUCUAAGAGGUUAAUUAUGUGUCUUAGGAAAAUGGUUGUUACAUUUGUUACACCAUAUAACAGGUGUAGAGAAUUGAAACACGUGAAGUAUGAAAAUGGUUGUUACAUUUGUUACACCAUAUAACAUGUGUAGAGAAUUGAAACACGUGAAGCAUGAGGAGGGUAGAUGUAUGUAAACAAGUGAAAUUGUUUUUGAGAUGUGAACUCGUGAGUCGUAACCUCUUUAGUCACAAGACGACAAUCAUACCAUUGCACCAAGACUCAUCUUGCGAAAAUGGUUGUAUGUUAGAAUGGUUGAUGGAAAACAAAAUCUUUUUUGUUUUCUUAUGGAAAUAAAUUUUGUAUAUUGAAUUAGUGGAA